AGUUUUCCACCUUGAUAGCAGACGACACAUGCGUCGCUCUCUUCACUCGUAAACAGUUGUAAACAUUGCAUGAAUUUUUUAAAUCUAUGUCACUGUCUCGACACGUAAUUUGAUUGUUACACUGUGAAAUAUGUUGUUUUUUGUACAUAGAUGCAAGUUCAAUACUUGCUGGCAUCAUGGGAAUAUAAUGAAGAAAUUGAAACUGUUCGAAUCCUGGUUUUCCUUGUUACAUAACCUUAAUAAAAGGUUCCCGUCGGUGCCUUGCAAACUGUUUUGCUCGAAAACGAGUUUAUCCCCGACCGAUGACAACGUUAAAAGGUAUUUCAACCAUCUGCUGGAUGCGUAUCAAAAUAAAGGUCGGGGAAAUGAAAGCUUUAAAGAGAUUUUUAAGAUAGUUAUGAUACCACAAUUGCUGAAUGAAAAACUGCAAAUAACAGAGAAUAUCAAGACUUUGAGCGAGCUUGUUGGCGAAAAUGAGGAAAUGAAGAACCUUGCUAGGGAGGAAGAAUCAAUGUACAAACAACAGUUACUAGAAAUCGACGAAAAAAUACUAGAUACAAUUUUACGGAAUUUGGGCGGGGACAAUUACGAGAAUGUUGUUUUAGAGAUAACACCGGGUGUAGGAGGUCAAGAGUCCAUGCUGUUUGCUAAGGAUUUAUUCGAUAUGUAUAUUGGAUACGUGACCUAUUUAGGAUUCGAUUAUGAAAUUAUGGAUUUGGACGAUAGCGAAAAAGGUGGUAUAAGAAAAGGUGUUAUGGUAAUAUCAAAUCCAAAAGCUUUUCGGAAAUUAGCGUAUGAAGGUGGUGUACACAGGGUACAGAGAAUACCAACGACAGACAACUCCGGUCGAGUGCAUACGAGCACGGUUACAGUGGCAAUUUUACCAGAACCUAAGAGUAUAGACAUUACUUUAAAUGAGAAAGAUUUGAGAAUAGAAACGAAAAGAGCGUCUGGUGCUGGUGGACAGCAUGUAAAUACUACAGACUCUGCUAUUAGAGUGGUUCACCUACCCACUGGCACAAUUGUCACUUGUCAAAUAGGCAGAUCUCAAAUAAAGAACAAAAACUGGGCGCUUAUAAAGCUGAAAAGUAUAUUGUACGAACAGCAAUUGAACAAGCAAACCUCGUUCAUCGCCUCGUUACGCAAGAAGCAAAUGGGACUGAAAUUAAGAAACGAAAAAAUUAGAACGUAUAAUUAUAAUCAAGAUCGCGUAACAGAUCAUAGAAUAGCAAAUGGCACGAUGCACUAUUUAAAAGAGUUUCUGAAAGGUGGGCCAGCUCUGGAAGAACUCGAGGAGAGACUCCACCAGGAUAUGCAACAGAAGCUACUCUUAGAGAUUAUGCAGAAGGUGGAGAGAGAAUUGAAAUAACACCGAGUUCGUUCAACAUUUGCCAUUUUGAUAAGAAACGAUUUCAUUUACAUAGGCAAGCCAUUGUACAUAGCAAAUUGGUAAUAAACUCUGUGUAAUACAAGUAACAUUCAUUCGUUUUUCGUUUCGAACCAUUAGGAAACAAAAUGUUCGUCGAUAAAUAAAGAUAAUUUAUGUUGAGUAA